UCUGGAUCAUGGAUGCAGUUUUAGUUUACCAAACUCUAGAAUAGCAUUUUACAAGGCUUUUAAGGAUCGGUUAUUCGGUAAAUCGGGUCUUACAGUAUAAGAGAAAUAAAGCAAAAUGGGGCGUUUUUUAGCGUCAUCUUUAAAUUUACUGUGGAAAGGCUUCCCUAGGAAUUACAGUGUUGGACAAGCAAGUAAGAGUAACCUAAGUCAACUACGAAAAAGAACUGGGGUACCACUGAAGAACUGCAGAGAAGCACUUGAAAAAUUCAAUAAUAAUUUAGAGGAGGCAGAAAAGUGGUUGAUAGAAGAAGCACAGAAACAGGGCUGGGCCCGGGCAGACAAGCUACAGUCACGUUCCAUGUCACAAGGACUGGUGGGGCUAAUACAGUCCAGAACAGGGGCCACAAUGAUUGAGGUGAAUUGUGAGACAGAUUUUGUGGCUAGAAAUGAAAAAUUUAAAGACUUGGUGUACCGCCUAACAGUAGCCUGUCACAGCAAUCUUCAAAAGGAUACAUAUAAAAAAUCAUUACAACAAGAAGAAGUAAAUAGCUUACCCAGUGAGAACAGAAAGCUGUCUGACAUAGUCGCUCUGGAAGUCGGUGCAAUUGGUGAGAAUAUGAAACUGAGACGAGCCGUUUUCCUUCCCAGUUCAGAGGGACAGUAUGUCAAUUCUUAUGUUCACAAUUCUGAUAAGAAAGUGGUCAUUAAAGACUGUCACUUGGGAAGAUAUGGAGUGAUUCUGAGUGUAGAGAAGACUGCAGGAACGGAAACAACAGAGUCUGUGGAAGCCAUUACAACAGAUCUUGCUGUGACAGGAUGGAAUACUCCUCCUUUUUCAACUGAGAGACAAAAGAAAUUUCUCUUCCAUACUUCUAUUCAACCUAUGAGGAAAGAUCAAACAAUUGGAUACAGGAGUUUUCACACCACAUCAUUAAGAAUGAAUGACAAGCUAACUCACCUUGGUUCAGAUGGGAAGGCAAAAAUGGUUGACGUGGGAGCCAAAGAUGAAACUGUAAGGACUGCUGUGGCCUGUGCUUCUAUCUCUCUGGGAAAGAAGGCCUUUUCAUUGGUAGAAGCAAACAAAACAAAGAAAGGGGAUGUGCUCUCUGUUGCUCAGUUAGCAGGAAUAAUGGCUGCUAAAAGGACAAGCGAGCUCAUACCUCUUUGUCAUAACAUCGGACUGAGUAAAUUGUCAGUUGAUCUGAGUCUACAGAGGGAUUCUUACUCUGUGUAUAUUGAAUGUGAGGCAAAAGCAGUUGGGAAGACUGGAGUUGAAAUGGAAGCCAUAACCGGGGCCUCAGUGGCAGCCAUUACUGUAUAUGAUAUGUGCAAAGCAGUUAACAAGGAGAUGGUCAUUUCUAACAUUAGACUCCUCAGUAAAACAGGGGGUAAAAGUGGGGAAUACAAGUUUGAUCAGUGUUGAUCCAAAAAUAGGUUGUAAUUUUAUACGUAAAGUGAAGUUGUGACUAUAAAUAUCUUUGUGUGACCACAUACUAAACGAAAUUGAAAGUACUUCUAGCACAUACAUGUACCUCUGCAAAACUUGAAUUUUCAGGUCGUCUCUUGGAUAAGCUCUCUCCAGUACUUGAAAAAAACUUUAAAGGCUGAUCCACGUCAAAAUAUUAGUUGCUCUGUGGACAGACAGACGUGGAAGGGGAUGUCAAACAAAAUAUUUAACUAAGCUCAAAGUGAAAGGGGGUUCCCACACUGAAAAUACUAUUGUAAACUACGCUCAUAUAAAUUAUAGUAACUCAUAGUUUUGCAGUUUGUAAGUAUCGUUCAGCAUUUUGUUAAGAAGAAAUCGGAUUCAGAUGAACCAUAUGCCUUGAUUGUCAAGUUGAAUUUUUUUUAAAGCUGAUCUACUACAUUUUUAUCUUAUCUGAAUUAAACUUUGUAACGAAAACUUUGUGAUCAAAUAAACAUUGGAACGUAUUUUAUCAAUUUUACUGAUAUUAUUGCUGCUGAAAAGCAGCAAUCUUA